AUGUCUUCGUCAAUAAGGUGUCAGUAAUAUCCUUAUCAAAAUUCUUAGCUUGACGAUUUUAUUGAUCAUGAAAUCAUGCAAAAUAAAUGCGAAGACUCAUUUUUUAAUGGUCAUGAUGAUAAUUUAUGUGGAUCAGCCCUUGAAACUCCUACUCCAAACCCUGAUUAUUGUGAAUAACUUGAUUUUUUUGAUCAUAAUUAACAGCAAUAUUUAUAGCAUUCAAACUAGUAAGGUAUUCAAAGCUAAUUUUAAACCAUGCCAUAUUCAAACAACAUAAAACUGUAUGGAUAUGAGCAAUAAUUUCAAAACUAAUCCAAUUUACAUUUGAUGCAAUACAACUAAGCUGAUUCGUUUAUAAAAUCUGAUUAAAUUUAAGCUAAAAGCUAGAUAGAUGAUUAUUCAGAGCAUUAAAAGUACUCAGAUUAAUCUACAGAUGCUUAAAUUUAGUCAUAACAAGAUAAGAUUGACACUAAUUAGAAAGAAAAAGUAAAAACUGGAAACCAGAGUACAUUUUUAAAUAAAUUGAUAGAUUAACUGUUCUAAAAUGUUGAUAUCCCAGAAGAUCAAAUAUCACAAUUAAAUGACGAAGAAAGAGCAAUAUUCUAAAGCAUGAAAAGCUAAUGCUAAUCUUAGCAAGAAUCAAUCACUCCUAAUCCUGCAUUCAUGAAGUUAGAUAAAGAAGAUAUUAGCAACCAAGAAAAUUUCUCUGAAGAUUUACUUAAUUUGGACAUGGAAAUUGAAUAAAAUAAGAGCUAAUUUGCUUCAUUUUAGCUGCAAAGUGAUUAGCCUAUUUAGUACAAUGUUUUUGAAAAUAAUUAUCAUCAAAAUUUACCUAAUUAAAAGGCUAUUUCCUAAAAAAAAUAAAAACAAAAUAGUUUUAAAUCUAACCAAGCUUGCUCUCACUCAAAUAGCUAAAAAAAUAAAAAGAAGCAAAAAAGAGUAGAAGAAAUGCAAAAAAUGAUUUUUAAAAAGUCUUUCAAAUAUGUUGAAAAUCAAUAUUUCCGCGAACGUAUUAACAAAUCCAGAAUUUCAAGUAAGGAUAAAGAUAAUCUGAAGUUUUAUGAAGAUUAUUUUGGAAAAACUGCCCAAGAGCAUUAAAUCCCACUCAAAAACUUCUAUCAUCCUUAAAAAUAAAUCAAAAAAGGAUAAAAAACUAAAGAAAAUACUCCUGGAUAGAAAAGUUUCAAUCAAGCAUACAUUUCAUUGAUCUUAAAGUCGGACAGCUUUAGAAAGAAAGUUUAGUACUAUAUUGAUAACCUGAUACUAGAGUAAAUAUAGUAGGAAAGAAAGAGCAAAAUUGCUAAAGUGAUAGCUAAUCUAAAGAAAAAGUAUUAACAAAUCGAAAAAGAACUUCAAAAAAAAAACAAUUCUAUUGCCCCAUUCAAAUUAUAGACAACACCUUAAUCUGAUAUUUCUUAUUACUGGGAGUCAACUAAAGAAAGCGAAGAUAACUAGCCAGAUGAAGUAAAGGCGUAAAUAAAAUCUGAAAAUUUCAAAAACAUUGUUUCAUAGUUAGAAGACUGUAUCCAAACCAAUUCAAAAAUAAAAUUGCCUUGGACAAAUAUUUAAAUUUAACAAGCAAUUUAAUUGGCUCAGCGCACAAUCAUUUAAGCAGAUGAGGAUUGUUGA